UGAGCGAGAUAGAGCGAGAAAGAGAGAGACAGAGAGACAGAGGGUGAGUGGUGUGUGCCCACCUCACUUGAACUCUGCUUAGUGCAAUUGUCCUGCAGUCAGUUUUCAUUUUUUGGACAUCUUUGGCUGAAUUGUUAACACAUGUGGCUAAAACUUUAGAGGAUGUACUACGUGAAAAAGAAGUCCCAGUACAAUAUGCUCAGCAGCAGCAUGGAGAGUCUGGGGAGCAGUGCCAGGCCCGCCAGCCCCUACGGCUCCGCGAACGCCUCUUCGGCCGUGCCCACCCCCUCGCCCUACUCCCAGCCCAACUCCACCUUCGAGGGCCUCUCGCCUGCUCCGGCCAUCCCCUCCAACACCGACUACCCAGGACCGCACGCCUUCCAGGUGUCCUUCCAGCAGUCUAGCACUGCCAAGUCGGCCACAUGGACAUACUCCCCCCUGCUGAAGAAGCUCUACUGUCAGAUUGCCAAGACGUGUCCCAUCCAGAUCAAGCUAUCCUCAUCCCCUCCCCAUGGAAGCAUUAUCCGAGCGAUGCCUGUCUACAAGAAGGCCGAGCAUGUGACAGAAGUGGUCAAACGUUGCCCCAACCACAAACUCGGCCGAGAUUUUAAUGAUGGCCAAGCAGCCCCAGCCAGCCAUCUCAUCCGUGUGGAGGGGAACAACCUUUGCCAGUAUGUGGAUGAUCCUGUAACAGCCCGCCAGAGUGUCUUUGUUUCCUAUGAGACUCCACAGGUAGGGACAGAGUUUACCACCAUCUUGUACAACUUCAUGUGCAACAGCAGCUGUGUGGGCGGCAUGAACAGGAGACCCAUCCUUAUCAUUAUUACUUUGGAAUCGAGAGAUGGACAAGUGUUAGGUCGAAGGUCAUUUGAAGGCAGGAUAUGUGCUUGUCCUGGCCGAGAUCGCAAAGCAGAUGAGGACCACUUCAGGGAACAGCAAGCCCUGAAUGAUAGUGUGGCAAAGAAUGGCAGCGCUAACAAGCACAAUUUCAAACAGAGCCCACCAAAUAUUUCCAGCCCAAAUGUUAACAUUAGGAAGCGGCGGCAUGGAGAUGAGGAGAUUUACUAUAUUCCUGUUCGUGGUCGGGACAAUUUUGAGCUCCUGAUGAAGAUUAAAGACAGUUUGGAGCUGGUGGAGCUUGUCCCUCAGCCACUUGUGGACUCCUACAGGCAACAAACACAACAGCAGCUGCUACAAAGACCGAGCCACAUAGCAUCACCCUCCUCUCCACUGUCAAAUAUGAACAGGCUUCACUCUCAUGGAGGCCUCAGUAAAUCCCAAACAGCCAACCACCUGGCGGGGCAACAGCCCCAGCACCACCCCACUGCCCACACGCCUAUGGCACAUAUGGGCCACAACAUGCUCAAUAGCCACCACAUGCAGUCUAAUGGUGAUAUGAAUGGUGGCCACAGCAGUCAGACAUUAGUGUCUGCUUCACAUUGCAGCCCACCCCCUCAAUAUAACCCUGACCCCAACUUUGUCAGCUUUCUAACCAGCCUGGGCUGCCAAAACGUCAUUGAAUACUUUACCUCUCAAGGUCUUCAGACUAUCUACCAUCUCCAGACACUCUCUGUUGAGGAAUUAGGCGCACUGAAAAUCCCAGAGCAGACUCGCAUUGCCAUCUGGCGAGGUCUCCAGGACAUGAAACAAGGUGCUUCGCUCCAGGUGCCUGCUUCCUCACAUCACCAUGACUACCACGGCCAACAGCUUCUACGCUCUAACAGCAACAUGGCUGCCUCUGCCAUGGCCACCAUCGGAGCUGCUGGUGGGGAGCUGCAACGUCAACGCGUAAUGGAGGCCGUGCACUUUCGCGUCCGCCACACCAUUACCAUACCCAACAGGUCGGCUGUUGUUGGGACAACGGGGAUGGCGGCAGGGACUGACGAGUGGGCUGAGUUUGGUUUUGACAUGCCCGACUGCAAGGUGGCACGCAGUAAACACUCAAUAAAGGAGGAGUUCAUGGAAAGAGAUGUUCACUGAGCCCACAAACCAGUCGUUGCUGUAUUUUGCCAAUAUUAUCAGCAACAGCGUAUUCAAAGACUAGUACUACAGGAUCUUUGAAUAUGCGAUUACAGGUAUCACUGUGUGUUAAAUUAUUAAAUACGCAUUGCUAUUGAUGUGUAUUUGUAAACACCAAUCAGAAUCUCCAUGCAGUAGAAAAAGUUGGGCACUGCAUCCAUUUUUUCAGCAAUUUAUUGUUGCACUGUGAAAAUAUUUGUUACUCUUAUUGAAAAACAUUGCAUACCAAUUAAGAACAUCUUUAAACAGUAUUAUAUCUGAACAGCAGAUAUGACAUCUGAGUUACAUGUAGUUAAUCAUGAAUGACAUCCCUGUUUACCAUGACACCAGACAAGUAAGUAGCAUUUUUCGCCUUCCUCUUGUGCAAAACUUUGCUGGGCAAGAUCCUCAUAUGUUCAUGCUUGAGGAGUGUCUUCUUAGUAUCUUUAUGGCACUUGUUUGUGAAUAUUAACAGCAACAUUCCAGUUGUUUCAUGACAUCAUGGACAAAUGAUGGUGCACUUGAUAAUAUGAAUAUCAAUAUUUGUUUGUUUUGCAUUUACUGUAACUCACCAACUGGUCAAAGGAGCACUUUAAUGCUUUGAAAGUCAGACUUUUUAAUUUUUUUGUUAAAUGUGUGUGUGAUCAGUAUUAUGAUGUACAUAGUAACUCUGUUUUGAUAUACUCAUUUCUAUCAGUGUAAAUAUUACUGAAAGAUGUACCCAUCUACUGUAUCUAUUGUCGUUAUCAUUGUUCAAUCUUGCUUAAAUUCAAUGUUAUUCUUGUAAGGAAUAGAUGUUGAAGUAUUGUAAUUGUCUCGGUGUAAAGUUUCUCACGACAUAAGCAACUAGUUUUGUUUUUGAGUGCCAUUAAAACUGGUCGUAGAUAAAUGAGUCUUAAUAAAGUAAU